UCAUUGUCAUAUGUUUCAGAAAACUUUGGGUAUAGAAGUCCAGAUGAGGAUGACCUCAACAGAAAUUGUACCCCAGAUUCAGAGGCACCGGACGGAUCCUCUUGCAGUGAGGAGAGCAGUUCAGCACUGCUCUUUAGUGGGGACAGAGAUGUCGACCAGCAAAGCCUCCAGGAUCCAAUCAAACCGACCAAGAGCCCCAGAAGAGGCCCAACAGGCCAAAUCACCAAUGUACAGCCCAAUGGGAACCAGGGCCCACAAGGAAAGCCUAAGAGAAAACGUUCAGGCUCAGACUCCAAGUCAGGGAAACCUCGCAGAGCUCGUACUGCAUUCACCUAUGAGCAGUUGGUUGCACUGGAGAACAAGUUCAAGUCUACAAGGUACCUAUCUGUGUGUGAGCGGCUCAACCUGGCACUUUCGCUCUCCCUCACUGAAACACAGGUCAAGAUCUGGUUCCAGAACCGCCGGACAAAGUGGAAGAAACAGAACCCUGGCGCUGACACUUCUGCUCCCACUAGUGCAGCUGGCACUGGGGGAGGAAUAGGAGGUGCUCUGGGGAACCUGAGUCCACUCAGCCCAUCACCUCCAAUCAGUGGACAUCUCGCCAUGCACACAGGCUAUGCAUCAGGCCAUCAUCACCCUUCGGCGGGCAGCCUGGUCCAGCUUCCUUUCCUCACUACCAGCCAUGUUCUAUCCCCAUUCAUGUUGGGGACACAGAGCUAUGCUGCACCUGCCUUCUACAGCUCCCACCUGUAGACACACAAAUACAGGAAACACGUGCACACUGAGCCAAGAGAUUGACAUCUUUCAACAUGUGAAUAAAUAUAUAAUUUCUUCAACUCAGCUUGAGUUUUCAAUUGUUAUAAUGUCAAAGGUUGAUUUUUACAGGUCAUUUUGAAUGAAUGUUAAUCUCUACAGGUAUAUAAAAGUGUAAAUAGUUAUAAUGCUUUAGCUCCAUAUUCUGAAUGCUGUUAAACUAAGACAAGCUGAUCUGUCCAUAGCUGGGUUUCCAUUGCCCUUAGAAAUGUGCAAAAUGCAAAUUGUGCAAUAGCAUACUGGUAAUGGAAACAGAAAAUUCCCCACAAAAAGUUGCAAAAAUGUUUUUUAUGAUCUCAUGAGGUGAUUUUUGAGACAUGUCGAUGUAAAAGUAUACCUCGAAAGUGUAAUGAACAAUUUUUUGCAUUUUCGCCAGUCAUAUGACCUGGUCACGUUCAUAGGGUGGGACGGAGUACUCCAGCCCCUCCAGCAAUAACAUGCAGUUCAGAAACACCUCCAACAGCCACAGCAAUGAGUGUUGGAUUGACGGAGGACUGCUGGGGCCAAAGGGAAUGGGGGUUUCCCGGGUGACCCCAUCAAUCCAGAUCAUCUUAACAAGGGCAGAUCGAACGGCACAUCCCCGUGGACUCCUGACACCCGUUAGUGGACUGGUCCGGACCCAGGUGGAGCUGAGGCAGCCGGGCUGGGAACAGGUCGCCCCGUCCAAGUGGAGGGCACAGCGAGCGCUGCCCUAAGCCACGGGUGAAGCAGCAAGGUCUGGGCAGGAGAGCGCUGCCUCCCCACACCACAGUCAUCCCAAGCCUUGACAGCCUGUAUCUGUUGCGGCGCACAUCGGCGAGGGAAGUGCGCCCAGCCAUGCCCCGAUGUGGGGGUCACCGUGGAAGGAGACACUGUGCUCCCUGGGGGUCCCCAUACCCACUGAGUUAAUAAAAUUUCCCGUGUAGAUUGCACAGGCCCCACACGUUUAUCACUCGACGGUUUUACACCAUGUCAUGAGUCUCGUGAAAACAUUUCAUGAGAUUUUACAAGAAUUACAAGAUCUCAUGAGAUGUGAUGUUACUCUUCAUUGGAAAUACCUUCACGUAGCAAUUGUAAUUUUCUCAAAAUUGUACAAGUAUCACUUUUAUUUUGUGAAAAACUGUAAUGGAAACCCAGCUUAUAAAACUGUACGGAAACUGGAUGUGAUAAAUCACUCUAGGAAUGACCAGAUCUAUUAUAAAUCCUGUGUAGCUUCAGCAGUGCUUUUGUUUGGCCAUUUUGACCAAGGUGCCACAGGCAAACUGAUACGCAGCUCAUAUGGUUACGUCUUUGAUA